GAACAUACUGAUUUUUUAAAGUAUAGAAAUAACUAUAAUGUAGAUCAAAAUAAUAACAUAACAAAUAAUGAUACUAUGAGGUAUAACAAUAAUGAAUCUAAUAAUGUGUCUAAUAAUGAAUCUAAUAAUGAAUCUAAUAAUGUAUCUAAUAAUGUGUCUAAUAAUAUGCAUAAUAAUGUGCAUAAUAAUGUAUCUAAUAAUGUGCAUAAUAAUGUAUCUAAUAAUGUGCAUAAUAAUGUGUCUAAUAAUUAUUCUACCGAAUUUUUUAAAAAUACAAGUUGUAACUGUGUAGAUAAAAAUGUAAAUAACGCAAACAUAUUUUAUGGACACCAAAAUUUAAUACCUGAUAAUCAAAAGGUUUACGAGGGAAAAAAUGUGAAUAUGGAAAUUGAAGAAAAUAUAAUAAAUGUGGUAAAAAAUAAUGAAAAUGAUAAAAUGUUUGAAAAUUUACCUUCAUUUAAUUUAAAAGAUGAGAAUGUGGAUCAUAAAUUAAAUUUUGAUGUAAAAAGUAGGCCUUUACCAAACAAACCAUUAGAUUUUAUGAAUAUAAAUAAUGAUAAUAAUAAUAAUAAUAAUAAUAAUAAUAAUAGUAUACUCACAUGUAAUAAUAAUGCAUAUGAACAAAAUAUGUGUUACUUUCAUGAUGAUAAAUCGAAGGAAAAAGUAUCAUGUGGUGUUAUUAUAUCAGAAGAUGAAUUAAGUAAAAAUAUGCUAGAUAUGAAUAAUUACAAUUUCUAUUAUAGUUGUAGAAAAAACGAAAUAACAAAUAUGAAUACAAAAGAGGUUACCAUAAUUAAACAAGAAAUAAUGACAGACAAUAAUUAUAAUGUAAAGGAUAUCAAUGGUCGUAAUAUGAAUAGAAUUAUUAUAGAUAACAAUGUACCUAAUCAGAAAGAGAUUGCUACUAAUGUACAUAAUAAUAUGUACCCAAAUGGUAGAGUACAUUUACAUAAUCCCGUAAGACAAGUUUAUCUCGAAUCGAAUCAAUUAAACAUUGGUAAUUGUACAAAUGCAGGAAACAAUUCGUACGAAGAGGGUGUAGAGUUUUUGGUAAAUUUACAAAAUGAUUUAAAAAAAAAAUUGGAUUUGGAAUGUAUAAAGAAUAAUGAAAAGAAUGAUGAUAAUAACAAUGUUGAAGGUGAAGAUGACGAUGUUGAAGGUGAAGAUGACGAUGUUGAAGGUGAAGAUGACGAUGUUGAAGGUGAAGAUGACUAUGUUGAAGGUGAAGAUGACGAUGUUGAAGGUGAAGAUGACGAUGUUGAAGAUGAUGAUACUGAAGAUGAUGAUGUUGAAGAUGAUGAUACUGAAGAUGAUGAUGUUGAAGAUGAAUAUGUUGAAGAUGAUUCUGAGGAUGAUGCUGAAGAUGAUGUUGAAGAUGAUGCUGAAGAUGAAAGAGAUAAUAAUCCCCAUGUAGAUAUGAAACGUAAUUAUAUGAUAAAAGAAUAUAAUAAUAUACUUCCAUAUGAAAAUAAUAAUUAUAUUGCUAAUUAUAAUGGGUGUAAUAAUAAUUCUGGAAAUUAUAAUAAUGAAAAAAAUUAUCAUGUGUAUAACUAUAAUAUGAAUGAUUAUUCUCAACAAAAUAAUAAUAUAGAGAACAAUAAUAUGAAUAAUUAUACUGAACAAAAUUAUAAUAUGCAUAACAAUAAUAUGAAUAAUGAUAAUAUGAAUAAUGAUAAUAUGGAAAAUUAUAAUAUGGAAAAUUAUAAUAUGAAUAAUUAUAAUAUGAAUAAUUAUAGUAUGAACAAUUAUAAUGUGAGUAAUAAUAAUAUGUAUAACUAUGGUGGUGGAAAUUAUAACAUGAAAAAUUUUAAUAAGGUAGAUAAUAAUAUGAGCAACUAUAAUAUGGUAGAGAAUAAUUUGAGAAACUAUAAUAUGGUAGAUAAUAAUAUGAGCAACUAUAAUAUG